AGGUCAGACACCAUGGCCGAGACGCGCCCCGUCGUUUCCGUCUACUCGCCCGAGGGCGCCGUCGCGUCGACGACGCCGCUCCCCGCGGUGUUCAACGCGCCGAUCCGCCCGGACCUCGUGCGCUUCGUGCACACGAACAUCGCGAAGAACGCGCGCCAGGCCUACGCCGUCAACAUGAAGGCGGGCCACCAGACGAGCGCCGAGUCGUGGGGCACGGGCCGCGCCGUGUCGCGCAUCCCGCGCGUCCAGGGCGGCGGCACGCAGCGCUCCGGCCAGGGCGCCUUCGGCAACAUGUGCCGCGGCGGCCGCAUGUUCGCGCCGACGAAGACCUGGCGCAAGUGGCACCGCAAGGUGAACCUCAACGAGCGCCGCUACGCCAUCUGCUCCGCCAUCGCCGCGUCCGCGUGCCCGCCGCUCGUCAUGGCGCGGGGCCACGUCGUCGACGCCGUGCCCGAGAUGCCGCUCGUCGUCGACGGCUCCGUCGAGGGCUCCGUCGCCAAGACCAAGGCCGCCGUCGCGCUCCUCAAGGCGCUCGGCGCCGAGGCCGACGCCGACAAGUGCGCCGCGUCGAAGAAGCUCCGCGCGGGCAAGGGCAAGAUGCGCAACCGCCGCUACGUCGGCCGCAAGGGCCCCCUCGUCAUCUACGAGGACAAGGACGCCGAGCUCCCGCGCGCCGUGCGCAACCUCCCCGGCGUCGACCUCUGCCACAUCGACCGCCUCAACCUCCUGCUCCUCGCGCCCGGCGGCCACGUCGGCCGCUUCUGCGUCUGGACGUCCGGCGCCUUCGCGAAGCUCGACGCGCUCUACGGCGGCGUCGGCGUCAAGUCCGAGCUCAAGAAGGACUACAGCCUCCCCCGCCCCUGCAUGCUCAACGCGGACCUCGCGCGCCUCAUCAACAGCGACGAGAUCCAGUCCGUCGUCCGCCCGGCCGAGAAGGACACGCAGCGGCCCAAGGCGCCCAAGCGCAACCCCCUCAAGUGCCUCGACGCCAUGCUCGCCCUCAACCCCUACCACGAGGUCCACCGCGCGUCCGAGAUGCGCGCGGCGAAGGCGCAGAAGAAGGCCAAGCAGGCCAAGGUCGACAAGAACCGCAAGGCGGCCUCCAAGGCCUUCUACGAGAAGGCCUGCGUCGAGGGCGAGGUCACCAUCUAGGGCGGGGCGCGCCCGCCUCGUCCGGCGCGCGCCCGCGCCGCCGUCGGAACAAGGCCCGACGGCGGCGCGGACCGCGCCGGACACCACCGGACGGCGGCGGCCGCCACUCCGCUCGCGGCGGGCUCGUUCUUGAGCCCGACGCACCACCAACCCCCUCCCCCACUAUAUAACUGGCCGUCACCCG